GUCGGCUUUUGAUGACGCAGAAAAGAGGCGACACAUUCACAUGUUAGUAACAUUAUGGCAACAGUACAAGUCAGCGAGGCAGAGAAAGUGUAUAUUUUACACGGUAUUCGGGUAAGAAUUCACAAGUUUUGUUAUAUUUACAGCUCUGAGCUUGUUUGCAUUUUAUGAUUUGCUGUUAGCAUGUCCUAUCUGUGUGCACGGCGUGUUGUUGACAUGUUGAAUCUGUGAUCAGGAUGACUUACGGGUGGAUGGGAGAGGCUGUGAGGACUACAGACACAUGGAGAUAGAGACAGAUGUGGUGUCAAACACGGACGGCUCGGCGAAAGUCACUCUGGUACUUAAUGGAGCCCUCCUUAGAUGGUUCAUUAUCUUCAUCGAUUAUCUGAAAGGUCCUGAUCUGAUUUGUUGUGUCUGUUUCAGGGACACACAGCAGUGCUGGUUGGGAUCAAGGCUGAAAUUGGAAAACCAAGACCCAUGGUGCCAAAAGAAGGAUAUUUGGAGUUCUUUGUUGACUGGUAGGCUUGUUUUAUGGAUUUGGCAACCAGAUAAAGAAAAUUUUAACAUCCAAAACAUCUUAUUUCUUUAGCAAAGAGACUGAACACAGCUCACCUACCCUCUUUCAGCAGCUGCUUGUUUGUAGCGAGACCUGGGGCCAGUCCAUUACAAACUACAGUGGGGUGACGCAGCUCAAGGAAGAACAUUUACUAUCAUUACUUUAUCAUAUCCUUGGCUUGGUAGUUCUUCUGCCUUAACGUCUCGGUCUGAUUGCAUUUCCAUGAAGUAAUAAUCAUAAAUGUUCUUCCUUGAGCUGCGUCACCCCGCUGUAGUCCGUAAUGGACUGGCCUGAGGUCUCGCUACAAACAAGCGGCUGCUGGAAGAGAGUAGGUGAGUUGUGUUUAGUCUCUUUGCUAAAGAAAUCAGGCAAAGCUAAAAAGAUGUUUGGUGGCUAGUGCUGUGGCUAGGACCCUAUAUGUACUGUUGAUGAAGUUAGGUGCUGUUCUGAGCAUUAUUUGUGUCUAUAGAGUGGCGUUUUGGUUGAGGUUUGUAUAUUGCUCCUCAGACUUCUGUGUAUUGCUAUCCUGCUGUCGUCGCUAAAGUUGGUUUAACUAGAGAUGCAAGCGGUGGGCAACAUUCAUCUCUUGAGGGGGUGUCUAACUUGGUGUUACAGUGUGUUUGACCCUAAAUCAAUUUCACGCCGCAAUAUCCCUUUUAAACUUCACAUGUCCAGGAUUUCAUUUCUAUAAGAUAUUAUUGCACAUAGUUGAAAUAUUGUAGGUUUACGUUACAGAAAUCAUUUUAGUCAUGAAUCUGCUGUUAAAAUUAUAUUUUUAAAACUUGUUUCAAACGGUCUUGGGGAAAAAACUAACAAAUCUCACUCAACCUCUCAAAUAUUAUGAAGGUGUAACAUUUCAAUCGAUCAAUCAAUUAAACUUUAUUUUUAAAGCCCUUUUGCCACAGAUGACAGAGGAAACGCAAUCUUGAGUUAAGAAAAAAAGGGGAAACACUGGAUCUAGGACUAAAGCGAUAAAGCCAUGAUAAAAUAUAAUAAAGGUGAUAAAGCAUUAAAAGUUAAUGAAAUAAAACAGUCUUGGAAUCAAACAAUAAAAGAGAGUAAAUUAAAAAAAGAGGUGAUGAAACACAAAAUAGUUACUCUAAGACUUAAAUAGGGUGAAAUCACAUAAUUAAUCACAUUAGAUUAAAAGAUUAAAACAAACUGUAAUCUUUUAUUUUCCCCUGGUAAAUGUGAACAUGUCCUGUCCUGUUUUUAGAUAGAUACCCUGCCCCUAGGAGGUGCUGUUAUACCAUCUGUUGUUUUAUUCCCUUUACAGCUCAGAUGUAACAAAGUAUUAUCCCUCUGUGACUAAAAAAACAACAACUUUCUAUUGUUUUUUUUUUUAUCUUCCAAUACCAGUUCAGCCAAUGCAACACCUGAGUUUGAGGGCAGAGGAGGUGAAGAGCUGGGGACUGAGCUGAGUAACACUUUAUACAAAGUCUUCAACAACAAAAAGAGUGUGGACCUGAGGAGCCUGUGUAUCAGUGCAGGAGAGCACUGCUGGGUCCUGUACGUGGAUGUGCUGGUACGAGGCGACAAUAUCUGAGAACUACAUGUUCACAUGAAGAGUUAUGUUUCUAUACCUUCACUGAGGUUAACAUCUCACAACCACGUGUGUCCACAGCUCCUGCAGUGUGAUGGAAACCUGUAUGAUGCCAUUUCGAUCGCCAUCAAGGCAGCUCUUUUCAACACAAAGUAAGUAAAAUCAAGUUUGUCUGUUUAUGUCUUGGAUAGUUUAAACUAGUAAACUGACGGCUUACACACUUUGUCCCGGUUUCCUCUCUGACAGAAUUCCCAGAGUGCACAUAUCCUCCGAUGAUGAAGGAGGGAAGGAAAUUGAGCUGUCAGACGAUCCGUAUGACUGCAUGAGACUUAACGUAGAAAACGUUCCUUGUAUAGUGACAUUGUGCAAGGUAACCUCACCACCUAUAACCUCUUAUCUUUUAACCGUUCACACUACUUGGUUUCUCUGACAUCAUGGGCUUUCCUGCAGGUGGGACACAGAUACGUGGUGGACGCAACCCUGCAGGAGAAAGCCUGCUCUGUGGCGAGCUUGAUCAUCUCCGUCACACACAAGGGCACGGUCACCUGCAUGAGGAAGGUGGGCGGAGGCAGCCUGGACCCAGAGAGCGUCUAUGAAAUGACAGAGGUGAGUGCAGACCUCCACCUCGGCCAUCUGGCCUCCUUACAUCUUUAAAAUGGAAUUAACAACAUCAUGUGAUUUGAAUGUUGAAGUUCUCACCUCUGUGCCAUCACCAGAAGUCACAGGCUGCAGCACAGAAAGUGAAAAGAAAACUGCUAGCCUGAUUUCAUUUCAAGACAACAAAACCUGCCCAUUAGCUUCUCUGAAGCACACUGUUUAAAGGGAUAGUUCAGAUUAUUUUGGGGUGGGACUGUAUAAAGUACUUGUCAGUACUGUAUGGCAGGAGUGGGACUUGGUAGCUGAAUCAGAGGAUAUCAGUGGCUUAAAUAUGGGUGCAGUCUGCAUCGCCUUGCCAAAGUGAAACGCCCUUUUUUCUUACUGUUCACUCAACAUUCAGAAGUUAAAUAAGAAAACUAGAAAAGCCAAGUUAAAGGGCCUCUUAAAGGGCCAAACACACCAAAACACCAAGCACCCCACAGCAGUCCGUAAUGGACUGGCCUGAGGUCUUGCUAUGAACAAGCGGCUGCUGGAAGAGAGUAGGUGAGUUGUGUUUAGUCUCUUUGCUAAAGAAAUUAGACAAAGUUAAAAAUAUGUUUGGUGUCUAGUACUAUGGCUGGGACCCUAUAUGUUCUGUUGAUGAAGUUAGGUGCUGUUCUGAGCAUUAUUUGUGACUAUAGAGUGGCGUUUUUGUUGAGGUUUGUGUAUUGCUCCUCAGACCGCUGUGUAUUGGUAUCGUGCGGUCAUUACUAAAGUUGGUAUAACUAGAGAAGCAAGCGGACGGCAACAUUCAUCUCUCAACAGGGUGUCUAACUCACUGUUAUGGUGUGUUUGACUCUAAAUUAAUUUCACGCCAGAAUAUGCCUUUAAGUGUUAGGCUCGUGACAAUGUGGUUUUAGUGGGUUCACCAACUUAUCAAAGGACUGAUUUUAAUUUGUCAUUGUUGAUCUAUUGAUUUAUAAAUGUGAAGCUCUUGGUCAACUUUGGCUGUUUUUAAAUCUGUUGGAUUUAUGGAAAACAAAGCCCUACUUGACUUGACUGAGUUAAAGUAACAAAACUCCACCAUUACUGCGUUACACACAUUUGAAUCCUAACACUGAUUGAUUAAAUAUGAACAAGUUUGUAUGGCAGCCAAGUAACAAAGUACUCUGUUGUCUCCAGGCAGGUAAACGAGUGGGUAAAACCCUUCACGCUCCUCUCAUGAAGCUGCUGCAGGAGGAGGAGAGUUUGGGAACCAAGCGACAGAAAGUUGGCUUCCUCGGUUAAGAACAAAUUUAUCAUUGAUGCACAUGUGUACAGAUUUUUUAAUAAAACAGUAAAUUUGUAAGAUCCUUUUGAUUUUUCUUU